AACAAACCCGUCAUGGCCAGCUCAAACUAUGUAGAAUACAGACCUAACCUAACUACCUAACCGGUCGUGGCGAAUUUAAUAUUUUUAUUUCUAUGAUAUUACUUGCUCACUGCUUAUCACAAAGUGGUUGUCAUAGUUUUAAAAUCAUGAUUUAAAAUUUACUUUUAGAAAUCUUUUUUAUUAUUUUAUAUGAAGAAUUCAAUACUUAAAAAUUAAAAUUAUUAUGAUUAUUAAUAAUUAUUGCUAAUUACUAGUUACUUAUUAUUUGUUAUUAUUAUCUUAUUUUAAAUAAAUCAUUGUAAACAAAUAGAUAUCGCAUAACAAUAUUAAUUAUUAGGUAAUAACUAAUAUGGAGGGUUUUAAUUUAAAAAAUACUUUUUUCUCAUGUAUAACAAUUAUAGUGUUAGUAUUAUCUAUGCUAUUUUUCUAUGAACCCGCUCAAAACUUACUAUGCAGCUAUGCAAUUUUUGAACGAUUCUUAAUUAACACACCUAAAGUGUGUUCGCUUUUCGAUACAACUCGAUUAAGUCGAUACAAUGGUGUUGAUGGAGGCAAAAUAUAUUUAUCCAUUCUUGGCAUUGUAUUUGACGUGACAGAGGGUAGAAGGUUCUAUGGACCUGGUGGUUCAUAUAGUGGAUUUUCUGGUCGUGAUGCCAGUCGUUCAUUUAUAACUGGUUUAUUCGACGAAGAAAACCUAACUGAUCAUGUCAGUGAUAUGGAUCCAAAUGAUUUAAUAGGACUGGAUACUUGGCUCAAUACUUAUAAGAAAAAAUACAAAGAAAUUGGAAAAUUAAUAGGACGAUAUUAUGAUUCAUCUGGUAAAGAAACAGACUAUAGUAAGUUGGUCUAUGAGAAAAUAAAAUCAAGUAAAAUGGCUAAAGCAACUAAAAAUAAAGAAAUGGCACGAUAUCCAAAUUGUAAUAUAGAAUAUGUUCAAGAAAAUCAAAAAAGUAAAGUCUGGUGUACUACAUUGAGUGGUGGUAUUAAAAGGAAUUGGAUUGGAGUACCUCGUAAAUUACAAUCAUUGGAUGAAAAUGGAAAGUUGUCUUUUCGGUGUGCAUGUGUACAACUAGACACCCUAAGCGAAGUUGAACUAGUGCAUAUUAAUGAGUAUGAGGAUUGUGAUGCUAGUGCGACAACUUGUUACGUCAAAGUCAGUUAAUCUGAUUUGUUCUACAAAUAAAUUGUGUCAUUUUUUUGUUUUUGUUAUACCAUUGUAGUGUGAUUUAAAUGUAAAAUGUUCUUUCUGUGAUAAAUUCCCUUAUAAUAUCAAAAUUGUUAAUCCCAGUGAACAAUAGAACAAGUUAUACUAUAAUAUUCUUAAAUCUCUUAAAUCAUAUUGUUUAGAGUAAGUUUAAUUUAUGUGCCUAUCUACUUUAUUAAUGUUUACAUUUUUAUACAAAACUAUUCUUGAAAAAAAAAUUACUUUAUGAUUUGUGCAUUGUUGUACUUUAACACUUGGUUAUAUAACAAUAAUAUAAUUAUCAGGUUAAAAAUACUUAAUAAUGAAAAAUAAUAUAGUUUUCUUAUAUAUGUAUUAUGUACAUAAAGCCUAAAAACAAAAUACAUUAAAGUAAAUAUUAAA